GGAGAAAUUCGGGUCAGUGAUUCUGCGCGGAGUCGAAAGCGGUGCUGCGAAUUCAGCGGCUGCUCCGAGCGAGGCGGACAAUUUCUUAGAGGUGUUUCCAAGUAGCCAGACCAUGGAAACAAUGCAAGAGCUGAUCCCCUUUGCGAAAGAGAUGCUGAGCCAAAAGCCCAAUGGGAAGAUGGUCAAGCUGUACAUGCUGGGGAGCAUGCUGGCAUUCUUUGGGGUGGUUAUUGGCCUGGUGGAGACUGUCUGCAGCCCUUUCACCUCUGAGGGGAGGCUGGAGGAAGAGGAGGAGGAAGAGGAGGAGGAGAAAAAGAAAAGGCCUGUUCUGCCACUGACAAAAAGAGAGCAGGAGGUGGCGAUUGUGCCUCAGAAACAGGAGAAUGUGAUACAGGAAAAAGGCAAACAGGUGCUGGCUUUGAGGAAUUCCGUGAACAGGCAACAUGCCUCAUAGGAAGACUGUUCUUUGCAAUAAUGAGAAGAUGGUGAACUGCAGCUCAUAGGACAUUUGUCCCAUCUUAAGGGGCAGAUUCCCAAAAGUGAGAGAACAUCUGCUCUGUAUGAAAGACUGCAGUCCAAAAAGACUCUGUAUAAACAAAGUUUUAUUUUGCUGCUGUGCAGCAGUUGAACAACACUGCCAUUUAAAGUCUUACAUACCUGUUCUUUUGGUAUGAAAAUGCAAAACUCUGUUGCAUCUUAUACAUGCCUAUGUGGGCUUUAUUUUUUACCAAUGUCUAUAUAUGUGUUUUACAAAUAUUUUGCAUUUUAAAUAAACCAUUUUAUACCUGACACUAACA